GGCUGAGGAGAUCAGGAGGUGGCGGCGGGAAGAUGCUGCUCUUUGGCGUAAAUUGCAAUCGAUGAGGGAUCGUUUCUCAGAAUCGAGUUAGAAGUGAGAGUUCAGAUAAGUGAGGCCGCCCUUGCUGCUUUGAACGCCUCAGAAGGGGACAAUGGAUUUAUCAGGAGUGAAAAAGAAGAGCUUGCUAGGAGUCAAAGAAAAUAAUAAAAAGUCCAGCACCAGGGCUCCUUCUCCUACCAAACGCAAAGACCGCUCUGAUGAGAAGUCGAAGGAUCGCUCCAAAGAUAAAGGGGCUGCCAAGGAGUCCAGUGAGAAGGAUCGCGGCAGGGAUAAAACUCGAAAACGGCGCAGCGCUUCCAGUGGUAGCAGCAGCGCCAGGUCUCGCUGCAGCUCAACCUCCGGCUCCGGCUCCAGCACCAGCACUGGCUCAGGUAGCGGCUCCAGCUCCUCCUCGGCGUCGGGCGCUCAGAAGUUCCGCACAUCGCGCAGCUCCAGCUCGAGCAGCUCCUCCGGCUCUCCAAGCCCCUCUCGGCGCAGACACGGCAACAGGCGGCGCCCCCGCUCCAAAUCCAAACCACCUAAAAGGGAUGAAAAGGAGAGGAAAGGGCGGAGCCCUUCCCCUAAACCCACCAAAGUGCACAUCGGGAGGCUCCCCAGGAAUGUGACCAAGGAUCACAUCAUGGAGAUAUUUUCCACCUAUGGGAAAAUUAAAAUGAUUGACACGCCCGUGGAAAGGAUGCAGCCCCAUCUAGCCAAAGGCUACGCAUAUGCGGAGUUUGAGAAUCCACAUGAAGCUGAGAAGGCGCUGAAGCACAUGGACGGAGGACAAAUCGAUGGCCAGGAGAUCACUGCCACUGCUGUGCUUGCCCCCUGGCCUAGGCCACCCCCCAGGCGAUGCAGCCCUCCCAGGAGAAUGCCGCCGCCACCUCCCAUGUGGCGCCGGCCUCCCCCACGGGUGAGGAGAAGGUCCCGCUCCCCGAGGCGCAGGUCCCCUGGCCGCCGCCGCCACAGGAGCCGCUCCGGCUCCAACUCCUCCCGAUAAGCAGGGCCACUGGAGCUCAGGCUCCCUGUAACUUAUACCCCAUCCCGUCCC